UGUCAACCGCCGUAAAACACGAAGAAGAAGAAGAAAAAGAAGAAGAAGAAGACGUACAAUACAACAUGGCGGCUAGCAAUAGUAACUCAUCCGUAAUCCAGACGACAGUGCUACAGGAGUGGACCUCCAGGAUGGAGCAACAACCCCCCGACAUUAAAGAGGAAGAAGAGGAACUACAGUCUCCCCACUUAAAAGAAGAAGGUGAAAAGCUACAGGUCCCAUGCCUUAAAGACGAAGAGGAGAACCACAGCAUCAGCCAAAUGGCAGAGCAUCUUGAAGCACUGGAGGAGCAGAAGUUGACCUCCAGAAUGGAGCAACAGCACCCCUACAUUAAAGAGGAAGAGGAGGAGCAACAGACCCCACACAUUAAAGAAGAGGAGCUGCAGUCCCCUCACAUUAAAGUGGAAAAGGAGCAGCCAAAACAAACCCACACUAAAGAGGAACUAACGCUCCCUAAUGUUAAAGUGGAAGAAGAGGGGCCACAGUCCCCACACAUUAAAGAGGAAGAGGAGGAACACAGCGUCAGUCAAAUGGGAGAGCAUCCUGGAGGACUGGAGAAGGUUGAUGUCCCCACAAUGCCAUUGAUUGGAGUGAUUGUGCAAAGUGAAGAUGAUGAGGUCAAAGGUGAAAGUGAGAAGAAGAAAGGGGUGGAGCCUCCAAGCAGCAGCUCAACUCAACACAUGACAACAGAAGCUGAUGGCGACCACUGUGGAGGAUCACAAGCAGACAAGCUCUUAGAUCCACUAUCAGGUAGUGAGGACACGACGUCACACUCUCCUGACACUGAAGGUGACACCACAUGUCACGCUAACAACACACGCUUGAAGUGCUCUCACUGUGGCAAAACUUUUAUGAACCGUUCUAAUCUGAAAAGACACUUGAGAAGACACACUGGUGAAAAACCUUUUUCCUGUUCAAGCUGCGGUAAAUGUUUUACACUAAAUCAGGAUCUAAUAACACACACGAGAACACACACUGGUGAAAAGCCUUUUUCUUGUUCAAGGUGUGGUAAACGCUUUACACAAAAUAUUAAUUUGACAACACACAUGAGAAUGCACACCAGAGAAAAACCUUUUUCCUGUUCAAUUUGUGCAAAACGUUUCAUACAAGAGAUCCACGUGAAAACACACAUGAGAACGCACACUGGAGAAAAACCUUUUGGUUGUUCCAGCUGUGGCAAACGCUUUACACGAAAUAAUGAUUUAAAAACACACAUGAGAACGCACACUGGAGAAAAACCUUUUCCCUGUUCAAUCUGCGCCAAAGGUUUUACACAAAAUCAGGAUUUGAAAAAACACAUGAAAACACACACCGAAGAAAAACCUUUUUCCUGUUCAAUCUGCGCUAAAGGUUUUAGACGAAAAGAUCAGUUGAAAGUGCACAUGAGAACGCACACAGGUGAGGAAGUGUGAGUUGCAGUGUGUGUGAGAUGAAGGAUUCUCUUAAAAGUGCCAGAGUGCUGUAAGAAACAUGUGAGAACAUCAGCAGCAAGUAUUUUAAAUUAUCGGUCAAAACUUUGACUUUCUAAUAACAUCAUCACAUAUAACAUGUGUGACAUUGUUGUGUGUAACACAAUCUAGUUAAUGAUUAUACCGCUCUUUAGAUCAGUGGUUUUAAGUACCGGUACGUGUACAAUAUUGUGUACAUUUAUUUAAAAAAAUAGAUCUUUUAUUGAACAGGUCUAUACUGACUGAAGCAUCAGCCUAUUUUGACUACCUCAAUAUUCACUUUUUUUAAAAUUCAUUUUGAAAAUAUAAACAAAACAAAACAUAUUGUGUGUUUACAGAAUAGGUCAAUGGUUCUAAAUUUUUUUCACAAAGUACCACCUCAGAAAAAAAAACUUGUCUCUCCAGGUACCACCGUAAUCACCAACAUUAAAAUACAGGAGUGUAGUAGGCCUAAGUAUUUCGUAAAAACAAGGCAGAGGUUUUAUUUAACAAGUAUUUUUUCAUAUUUUUGCCCCCUGUAACAUUACACACAAUGCAUAAACAUCAAUAAUGAUACUCCAUGUAAGUUAUACAGUACAUAUUUACAGACUACUUUGGCGUACCACCAGAUGGUAGCCAUGUAUCACUACACUACACACACACAGUUGAGAACCACUGGAAAGGGUAAAUGCAAUUCUGUUUUGUACAUUAUUCAGUAUUAUGUUUUCAUUUUCAAAUUUAUGAAGUGUGUUAAAUAUUUUUUUAUUAGAUGAACUUCUUUAUAUGAUAUAUUUGUUUUACAUUUGCUUAUACCUUUGACAUACUGUAAAUUUGAGAUGUCCGAUAAUGGCUUUUUUGCCGAUAUCCGAUAUUGUCCAACUCUUAAUUACCGAUUCCGAUAUCAACCGAUACCGAUAUAUACAGUCGUGGAAUUAACACAUUAUUUUAUGCCUAAUUUUGUUGUGAUGCCCCGCUGGAUGCAUUAAACAAUGUAACAAGGUUUUCCAAAAUAAAUCAACUCAAGUUAUGGAAAAAAAUGCCAACAUGGCACUGCCAUAUUUAUUAUUGAAGUCACAAAGUGCAUUAUUUUUUUUA